CGGUGAUGACUGAUUUGUUGUAAUUUGAGUUUUUAAAAUAAAACAAAUUUAUUUUGCUAAUUAGCUCGAUAGUUUAUCAAGCUAAUUUUUUGCUAAUCUUCAUAAAUUUUAUGAUAAAGAUUCUGAGUACCUAGUUGUUGAUGUUUCAUAGUAUACAUCUGUGUUAUUAUUAGGGUUAGAAAGCCAACAUCAUUUAUUUAUUAGACCUUAAUAUAAAUCCUAAAGAUGAAUAAUGAGAAAAGAAAUGCCCGAGGGAGAGGUAGGGGCCGCGGUCGUGGCCGUGGCAGAGGCCGCGGCAGAGGUCGAGGCAAGAAAGUACUGAAAGUGAUGUCCAGUGAUGAAGAAGAAUGUUCUGUGGAAGAAUCUUUACAAGAAAACGAAGAGCCCGUCAACGAGGAGCCUCCGGUUAAAGAGGAAAUUGAAGAACCCGAACCUCCGAAGUUGGAAGUUCCAUCAGAUAUAUCCCAAUUAGAGACUCCAGUAUUCACUACACUACAAAGGGGUCCACCAGAACCCAUGCUAAGAUUAGACUGGAGCCAUCGAGCUACACUCAUUGGAGAGAAAGUACUGAAUCCUAUGAUCUACUGUUGUGAUAUUUGCUCAAAGCCAAUACUUAUUUAUGGCCGUAUGAUACCAUGCAAACAUGUGUUUUGCCUUUCAUGUGCAAGAGCUGAUCACACACACUGCCCUAGGUGUAGAGAAAAGGUUUUAAGAGUGGAGCAAACUGGAUUAGGUACAGUGUUUAUGUGUACACAUUCCGGUACUAGAUAUGGCAAUACUGGAUGCAGAAGAACAUAUUUAUCUCAGAGAGAUCUUCAGGCCCACAUAAACCACAGACAUGUCUCUUCUGCCAGUGAAACAAAACCAGAGCCGGAGCCAGCCACAAGUUCUGUGGCUGUAGUUAAACCAUUAUCGAUUGCAGGCGCGGGCGAUCCUCGCGCUACGGGCGCAGGGGCCGUGACGGUCGCAGGGCCGGGGGCGGGGGGCGACAGGACGCGCACUCCCCGGACCAACCUGAUCACCGUGCCCAUACACGACCAGCCAGACCACAACUACUACAAUUACUACCCGGUAACGACACUUUGGGUCCGCAUAGAUCGCAGGCGCGGGGGGUGACAGGACGCGCACUCCCCGGACCAACCUGAUCACCGUGCCCAUACACGACCAGCCAGACCACAACUACUACAAUUACUACCCGCCGUCAGUAGGCGCAGUGGUGGCCCACAACAUGUCGGUACCGCCGCCAUACUACGCGCCGCCUUACAACGCGCCGCCCGCCACCUACGUGCCGCCGCCCAACACCAACGUGAGCGGAGUAUCACUGCCGCCUAAUGAGGGCGCGCGCUGGGCGGAGUACGCGCCUGCUCAAGCACCGCCCGCCCCGCCCGCGCCCUGGGGCCAGCAGCCCUCGCACCAUUACUACAGAUAGGACUGCAAUACUAGCACGCGCUACCAAUGGCAGACAGCAACGUGAGCGGAAUGUCACUGCCGCCCAAUGAGGGCAUGCAGCUCGCGCACCAGUACUACAGAUAGGACUGCAAUACUAGCACGCGCCACCAAUGGCAGACAGCAACGUGAGCGGGUUAUCACUGCCGCCCAAUGAGGGCCCGCGCUUUCGGGCCAGCAGCUCUCGCACCAUUACUACAGAUAGGACUGCGGUGAUGUGUGACAUUUCAGUAUUGUUAUUAGCCCGCCCGAUGCGGUGCCGCCUCCGCACUACUGCGUGUACGCAUAUUGAUUAAUGAAUUAUUAUUCAUAAAUCAAUAACCCUGCCUAGCCUAUUAUUAAUAAAUGUAAACUUUGCUUGAACUAGUUAUGUCGUGUUUGUUGACACUUAAAUGAUACGUGUAAUUUGGUAGAGACAAAAGACUGCGCAACUAAUUCAAGCAUAAUUAAAUAAGAGGGAUAAUAUGUAAAACACAACUAUCCUGAUUAUAUUUUGUAAAGGCUACAAAAUAGGAUCUAAUUCCAUUGACUGUAUUUUGCAAAGUCGAAUAUUAUGGAAAAUAAAACUAUUAUAUUGAUGACUGAAGUAAUGUCUCAAAUUUUUUUCUGAAAAUUGCACUGCAAAUAUCGCACUUAUAGCAACAGAGGCGCUGUCAGUAGCAAUCUGGGUCCAACAAAGCAGUUUUAACUUUUCAUGAGUCUACUCCACUGACAAAAGAUACUGUAACCUUUUUUCCAUUUCCUGCUUUGAAAAUGCAUUGUUUUAGAUAUUGGUAUAGAAUUGCUACCUGGUUUUGUCUAUAUUGCUUACCAACUCGAAUAAUGACUAAAUUAUGUGUAAGCAC